AAGGCUCUGUCCGGUCUGUUCGACCUGAGCGACCGGAGCGAGCGAAGGGAGAACAGACUGAAGCUUGAAUCACCUGAUUCCACAGAGCCAGGGCCGAAGGCCCUGCAUACGAUUCCACCUGAUUGCGCGACACAGCCGCGCCUAGCGGAGUCGGCCGUAGGCCGAAAUUCAUUAUUUAGAACUUCCACAUCUGAUCUACAAGGGCUAUAUAAGCUUGAGAAGUCAGAGAAAGAAGUCAGAGUUGUAACGAGCUUCCAGGGCAUCUGGGAUGCAUCUUCGCCAAAGGCAACCACAAGUGCAACCAAUCUGGUCCGAUCACGGGAUGCGAUAGGAGAUCAAGGAACACGGCCGAUGGCUGGAAGACAAAUGCUUGGAAGCCGUUCGUGUGCUGCUCAUGAUAGCUCAAAAAGGAUAACCGGUGGAUCUUCUUCAAAUGGGCAAGCAGGAGAGCAGCCAAUUUGGUUGGAUCACGGAAUGUGUCAGCAACACAGGAUGAUGGGUGGAGGACGGAUGCUCGGAAACUGUGCGUGCGCUGUUCAAUGCUAUUUCUUCUUCUUUGUAAAACUGAUCGGUGUCAUCAAAGGCAGCUGGGAUCCAAUGGAUGGAAGCUCAACUAGGAUGACCGGUGGAUCUUCUGCAAAUGGGCAAGCAGAAGAGCAGCCAAUCUGGUUGGAUCACGAAUGUGUCAGCAACGCAGGAUGA